UUAAGUUUCUGUCAGAAUUGGCAUGAUAAAGUCGAUGUUAUUUUUGAUACCCUUGUUAACAUAUCAACAGAAUCUGAAAAUAUUGGAAUCUUGUUUGCGCGAAUAUUUUAUUUCGCAAAUAGCUAUGGAGAAUUAUUUAUGGAAAGGAUUAUCCCAUUUUUCGAAAAACUUGGAAACUACACACCUAGUGAAUACGAAUAUGUAACUGCAAAAGAAGUCAAGUUUGCUAAGGAGGCGAUACUAAACCAAUUUGUUUACAAUGUUAAUA